AUGCAGGAAGUCAGACGCAAAGAAGAAGCCAUUGCACGAGCUGGAAUUGUUAUUGAGGAGAAGAACUGGCCACCAUUUUUCCCAAUUAUUCAUCAUGAUAUCGCAAAUGAAAUUCCAAUUCACCUUCGAACAUUGCAGUAUGUUGCAUUUUUUUCGUUGUUAGGUAAGUUAUCUGAUCCUGUUUUCUUCUUGUGGGGAAGGUUAUUGGUAGAGCAAGGUAGUACUGUGUUGGAAAUACCUUCAUCGCGGUCCGCCCCUAGUUGUCUAAUUGCAGCAUUUGGGUUGUCUUCAUUGCAACCUCCAGCAUCUUCACUUCCAUUAUCAAUGAUGGUUGAUGAUAGAUUAUAUGAUGCAGGGACUGACAGUGCUAUUAAGUUUGGAUGGUUUUUCAUGUUUUACCUGCUUCACAUUGGAUUCUGUAUCUUAGCUGCAGUUGCUCCUCCUAUAGUUUUCAAAGGAAAAUCCUUGACAGGCAUUCUGUCAGCCAUAGAUGUAGUUGGUGACUAUACUUUGGUUGGGAUUUUCUACUUCAUUGGAUUUGGAUUCUUCUGUCUUGAAACAUUGAUCAGCAUCUGGGUUAUCCAGCAAGUAUAUAUGCACUUCCGUGGUGGUGGUAAGACUGCUGAGAUGAAGAGGGAAGCUGCACUAAGAUGA